AUGAUACCCUUGAUACGCCAAACCCCUUGCUUCAUAACCACAAUCUGUGAAUCAUCCGGAUGGAGAGCUUUCAAUUCUUUUCGGACCUCCUCCAUGCUGGCAUUGUGGUCUGCCGUCAACUGCUCGGCAACAAUUUUAUUCGACCCAUCCAAGCAGCCCAUAACAGCUCUCGAGUCCCCCAAAUUGGCAACAAAUAAGAUACCUUUCCAGAUGACCCCGACCAAACAACACGACCCGAUUGCUGCAAUUGCUGAGACUCUGAAAAUGUCUCAGCUAAAUCUUAAGAAACCAAUUAUUAUAGGGGGAAAAGAAUUGCCCAUUGGUCUUUAA